CAGCAGUUCCGGAAGAUGGUGCAGAGUCGCAAGUCCUUCAACUUCCGGAAUCAGCUGAAGAUCGCCAGCCAGUACAAGGAAAUCGAGAGUCUGAAAGCUGAACAGGAUGAACUCACCCUGCUCCUGGGUCUCCUGCGGUCAUCCAAGAACCUGAAUCUGAAUCAGAAGAACUACGUGGAACUGAGUUUCCUGCUGCAGACCAAGGAGGACUACGAGACGCUGAUUAAAUCCAUGAAGGUGCUGCUGGCCGAGCUGGACGAGAAGAUUGUUCACAUGGAAAAAAAAAUCACAAAACAAAGACAGAUCUACUUAAAAACACAAGAGAUCCAUAGUCCCCGGAAGCUGCAGAAACAGAUUCACAUUUUGGAAACACGGUUGAAUGUCGUCACCGUUCACUUUGACAAAAUGAUGACCAACAAUGCCAAGCUCCGGAAGGAAAUCGAGGACCUCCGGUUCGAGAAGGCCGCAUAUGACCACGUCUACCAGCAGCUCCACCGGCGUCUGAUGAUGCAGAAGAAAACCAUGGACUCAGCCAUCGAGCAGUCAGCCCAGGCCUAUAAGCAGAGGGUGGAAGCCAUGGCUAGAAUGGCUGCCAUGAAAGACCGCCAGCAGAAGGACAUCUCUCAAUACAACCUGGAGAUCCGGGAGCUGGAGCGGCUGUAUGACCACGAGACCAAGCUCAAAUCCUUCCUGCUCGUCAAGCUGAACGACCGCAGUGAAUUCGAGGAGAAGGCCAAAAAGGAAGAAGCACCGAAGGCAAGGAAACACGGCAAGGAGAGCAAGGGUGAGAGCUUCGAGAGCUACGAGGUGGCACAUCUGCGCCUGCUGAGGCUGACCAAGAAUGGGGACCUCAACCAACUCAUCGAGGACUUCAUGGCCAAGGAGGAGAAGAAUUUCGCCCGGUUCACGUACGUCACGGAGCUCAACAACGACAUGGAGACCAUGCAGAAGAAGACGCAGAGGAUCCAGGACGAGAUCAUCCACCUGCGAUCCCGGCAGCAGGUGACCCAUGAUGACAGCCGGACCGUCCUGGCACAGAUGGAGGAGAAUCUGAAGAAGACCAUGGAGGAGGCGGACAUGUUCGAGAACAAAAGCAGGGAGAUCAGCAAGACCAUGGAGUACCUCAAGAGCUCCGUGGAGAAGCUGUUUAAGAGGAUCAACUGUGACGCCACCAAGAUCCUGGUGCAGCUCGGAGAGACGGGGAAAAUCACCGACAUCAACCUGAUGCAGUACUUCGCCAUCAUGGAGAAGAAGACCAAUGACCUCCUGCUCCUGGAGGCACACAGGCGCAUGCAGGACGCAACGAGGGUGGAGGUCGAGGUCCCACAGCCAUUCAUCAACCCUUUCUGGGGUGGCUCGGCCCUCCUCAGGCCCCCGGAGCCCGUCAAGGUCGUGCCCCCUGUGUUCGGCACCGACUCCUUCAGCGACAAGCUGGAUGACAUCGAACAUCCCCUGGACCACAGCAGCCUGUGGCAGAUUGUGCUGGACAACUAUGCCCUGAAGGAGAGCCGGCUGAAGGACGUGCGCACAGACAGCCUGCCCGAGAAGGGGGACGAGCAGAGGGCCAAGAGGAAGGUGACUGCCUGAGGCCCAGGGCCUCAUCUGUUCCAGUCCCAGAAAGAAUAAACCUUUUCGUUCUGUAGUAGCCCCAGGGCUUUUGCACACGCCGAGUGAGAGCGUGAGGCUGGGGGCGGGGGUUUGGGAACCACUUCUGGGACAGGGCUGGCCAGAAGGCUGUGUUUAGAAGAGGGGGAAGGGCUGUGUGAGUUCACUGUGGCCCCCAAGAGCCUUGAGAGAGGGCCCCAACAGCUGACCUUGCUAAGGCCAGCAUGCAAAGUGUGUGGCCCCAGUGUAGUCAAAACACUGAUCUGGAGACCCCGGGGCCACACAGGGUGCGACAGACAGGAACUAGGAGCCCAGGGGCUCAGGGUCUAUCUCUGUGUAUGUCCGUGUGUCUGAAUGGCUCGGUAUUUCUGUGUCUGUCUCUUGUGGUGAACGUGUCACUGCAGCCAUGUCCAGGGCGACUCCCUGUGGUCACCCUGACCAAGUGGCCUGAGUGCAGCCCAGACAUGGGUUCCCAGCCCCAGUGUCUCUGGAAGGACUAAGAGGCUGUGGGGGACGUGGAGGUGGCAGGGUGUGUGGCUCUGUCCCUCAGCUUUGCAAGGCCCAGUGCCAGGUAGCCAGGGGACUUCAUUGGUCACAGGGGUGGCUCUGGCCUUGGGCUCUUCUGGUGAUGGCACUGUCACCACUCCCGAGGGGGCUCAGACCCAAUGGCACCAUUGCCUUGUCCUAGCUCCCGAGUUCCGGGCUUUCUGGAAGCCCACUUCCCCUCCCUGGUUGUCCUUCAGGAAAUCCUCUCCCGUCCCCAGACCCCUUGUCAGAAGACGCUGAGUUCUUCUGACCUCAGCCCCAGCAGGACGUGAGUCCCGUGACCCUGGCUUGACGCUUGUCAGUUCUCUGGCAAAUGCAUGAAGUGUGUUCUGUUAGUCCUGUGGAGCUGGAAGACAGAGACACCCGAUUCUCACCAGGACUGCUGAGUGGACAGAGGAGAGAUGGGAGCCACUGCAGCCAUUUUGCCACCCUGAGAGCAGGGUCACAUGAAUGCAGGCAGAGCUGGGGAGAGGCUGCUUCUGCUCUGAACAUACAGCUCCAGCUCCUUGAUGCAGCUGUGCCUGAAGCCAUUGGACUUCUCAGCUACGUGAACCCACUUGUUUCUUUUCUUUUUUGGGGGGUGGGCAGCACUGAACCCGGUUUGAAUGCAGCCUUGCACUUGCUAGGUAAUUGCUAUACUGCUUGAGCCUUGUCCCCAGUGCUGUUUCUUGAGUUGGGAUUCUUGCAGCCGUAACAAACCUGAUGCUUCACCCUUGACUUUGGUCACUCAAAAUCUACAGUCAAGGAGAACCAAGGCCCUGGACCCCAGGCAGGGCCAGAAAUCAACAUUGCUGCCCCAAUAAGCCAGGAAAGACGCACAGACGACCUCUGUGUUAUCUGGAACCAGAAAUUACCUUCUAGUGACUAAUGACUGUGGUUUUUACCUAAUGAGCCAGGAGCAGAUGUGCGAGGCUC